AUGUCCCUGCUGAAGGACUCCGAGCUGGAGGAAGUGCACAGGAAGAUAAUCGACGGGACGAUCGAGAAGUGCGGCCAGUUCUACAAUACACGGAUUUUGGAAGCCAUAAAAAUCAGGUGGCUGAAGAUCUACGAGCGGAAGCUGCAGGCUACGGAGAAGGGGCCUGACCAGCCGGGCGCGCCGCAGCAGGGGGGCGCGCCCAACGUUGCCGACGACUUUGAGGACGACGAGUUUGAAGACGCCGAAGUGGAGGAGAAGGAAAUAGCCGAGUUGGAGCAGCACCUCCAGGAUGACGAGGCGGACGAACUGAACGAGCUGGACGACAUCUCCAUAAGCGACCUGAGCGACGUGGACCCCCCGACGUCCAACGUCAUCGUCGGCAUUUGCGACAAAAUAACGAAGCCGUGUGGACGCAGAAACGCAAGUAGCAAUUGGAAGAUAAAGCUCAAGGGGGGACUGAUGAAGGUGGACGGCAAGGAGAUGUUCUUCCGCAGUUUGCAGGGCGAUCUGGACAUCGUAGGCGGCGGCGUCGACUCCCUCUGUCUGGCCCUUUACCUCUCCAAAAAUAAACACCACAUCAAACUGCUAAACGUGAAGAGGAAGUGCAGCCUCCUUGACAGCCAUUACUCGAAGAAGAACGUGUGCGAAGUGGGGAGGCACUAUGCCUUCCCCCUGAGUGGGUCCUCUUCUCAUUUUGGGGAACUGCUUCGGUGGGUGACUGCGGAGGAUGAAGUCAUCCGGAGCAACCCGUACGCAAGCAACCUCUCCUACUUGGACGAAUGCGGGCGAACCUACCGAGUGAAUAAAUUUAUCUUCAGAAUUUUGUUCUGCCUUUUGAAGGACCACCUCUUCGGAGCGUCUAUCCCUAACCCUAAGGAGGAGCGGAUGAGCUCUUUUAUAAGGAGACGCUUCGACGCUAACUUGCUCGAAAGUGUUAUUAGCCCAUACUGCCUCCACUACUUUGGGUACUCCCCCCGGGAUGUGUUGAUGCGCUCCCACUUCCCCGAAUUUAUGGACCGCCUGGAGGAGGAGAAGUCCCUCGUCAAGGCCCUGCGCGCAACCGCCAAGAAAGGUAGCUCCUCCAUCUUCGCCCAAAAAAAAAAGAGCGUAAAGUUCGCUAAAGGGAACGUCACCUUGUUGAGCAAACUUCGGGACCACCUCGAACUAUGCAGCAACGUCGAAGUGCGCCUCGGGAGGAAGUCCAUCAAAUGUGAACAGAUCAUCUUCUGUUUGAGUCCACCCGAACUGAAGGGCCUUCUGCGGAAGGUGAUCUUCGAGGGGAAGCAAAUGGACGCCCUCGUGAAAGAAGACACACUCGUGAAAAAGUACCUGUCGAAAUUCCGCUCCCACGCGGUUAGAAUUUCCAACGUUUGCUUUGCCAAAAAUGUGUUGCCCCUCUCGCACUCGCUGGAAUCCCUCCUCUUGUUCAAACGGAACAAACAGAACAAGCUGAUCUCUCUGUUGUACGACGGCAACAUAUUCCCUCCCCAGUGUGAUGGGCCUAGUGGAGUCGAGGACCACCCGGGGGAACCCUCGCCGGAGGGGGGCCUUUACGAGACGAGCCUGCGAUUCAUGAGCAGAGAAACGGAUGAACGCAAAUCGGUGGAGGAAAUAGAUCGUUUCCUUCGAGGCGUCCUCGGUGUGCAGGAGAAGCCCGACUUGCUCGUCAGCCACGUCCACCACGUCUUCCCCUUCGAUGCGCGUGCCGACCAGGCGUACAAAAAGAUAAUUCGCAGAAAGUGCCCACGGGUACGGCUCUUCUGGACAUUCUACUUUUUCAGAAGCUUCGAGUUCUGCCUGCAGGAGGCGAAGCGGUUUGGCGAAGCGGUUUAG